CAGAAAUGAUAGAUGCAUAGACGUUCACCGAGUCCGUCAUCAACAAGGAGAAUAUAACGACCAAAUACAUUCUCCUUAGGGUGAGGUGAAUACGGAAGGAUCCAACAGCAAUCUGCGAUCCCUCGUACCACUCGCCCAUUCAUCUCUACAGGCGAAAAACCUCUGACCGCCAAGAAGAUGCCGUUUCUGCCAAAGGACGAUAACGAGAUCGUCCAGGUCAAGGUCAAGACUGGCGAGACUAUCCCUGUUCGCCUCGGAACUUUACUUAUCAGCCCUGUCCUGAGGAACGCGUUGCUGGCGCAUACUCUACCCGGUCGACAUCAUGACGAGAAUAAGGCAGGCGAUACGGAACCCCUGGAAAUGAACAUCGAGCUCAAUGGCAGUCUUCAAGCCUCGAAAUGGUUCAUCGGCAUACUAGAAGCGACCGAUUUGAAACAGUUGGCGACAUUCGAUCUUCCACGAUACACCCCUCACUUGGAAUUAGCUGAGGCAUUCCUUCGUCAAGAUUCUUCACCCAGGGUGCUAUCGGAAGCCCUCUCGAUGUCCGACUUUUACGAUAUCGCUUUCUUCAAGAUCCUCAUGGUCGAAACGAUCCGUCGAGUAGCUAAGAAAGGCCAUAUAUACGCACUGUCGGCAUUCGUAAUGGGAGUCAAGAUAGGGGAUCUCGAAGUCACGAACUUCGCUCUUGGCUACAUGUCGGACCUGCCCGACCCCGAUGACUUUGACCUUCCGAUGACCGAAGCGAUCGGUCUGCCAGCAUUCCGGAUUCUCGUCCGAGCUUACUGCUUGGCGAACACAUGCACACGUGUUCAGCCCAAGGAUCUGAUCGAACACAUCGACCUUGAUUGA